AUGUCCUUUCGUGGAAGAGGAGGUGGAGGAGGAAGAGGAGGUGGAGGAGGAAGAGGAGGUGGCUUCAAUCGUGGAGGAGGUGGCGGUGACAGAGGUGGAUUUAAUCGUGGUGGACGAGGUGGCUUUGGACGGGGAGGUGGACGAGGAGGCUUCAACAGAGGCGGAUAUGACCAGGGACCUCCAGAAAGGGUAGUUUUAUUGGGAGAGUUCAUGCAUCCGUGUGAAGAUGACAUUGUUUGUAAAUGUAAAACGGAAGAAAACAAGGUGCCUUAUUUCAAUGCCCCAGUGUACUUGGAUAAUAAGGAACAAAUUGGCAAAGUGGAUGAAAUCUUCGGACAGCUGAGAGAUUUUUAUUUUUCAGUGAAACUGUCUGAGAACAUGAAAGCCUCUUCUUUUAAAAAAAUGCAAAAGUUUUACAUUGAUCCAGCAAAGCUGCUCCCCCUUCAGAGAUUUUUACCAAGGCCACCUGGAGAAAAAGGUGCUCCCAGAGGAGGAGGUAGAGGAGGACGUGGUGGUGGACGUGGAGGAGGAAGAGGUGGUGGUAGAGGGUUUGGAGGAGGAAGAGGUGGAGGAAGAGGAGGAGGAUUCAGAGGAGGAAGAGGUGGAGGAGGAUUCAGAGGAGGAAGAGGUGGCGGAGGAAGCUUUCGUGGUGCGUGUGUGGUUUUUACAUUUCAGUAA